CCAGAAAGUACAUAAAAGGAAACAAGAGCCAAAACCUCAAGUGCGUGAGGUCUCUCAGAGCACCGCCCCAUAUUUGUUCGGAAGAGUUUUGAGUUCGAAGAGACGACCAAGACAGACCAACCCUUGCUGCGACUCCUCUUUAGCUCUAAGGUUGGUUUUGACUGAUCACCAAUGGCCCGGCAUAACUUGCCGUUUAAAGUUGGAGAGGAUGUGGAAUUGAGAUCGUUUCUGAAGGGCUAUCGUGGCGCAUGGUUCCGCUGUAAGAUAACAGAUAUUGGCUGGAGAAAUGGUCAGCAGUCGUGUGCUUUGCAAUAUUAUGACUUUCCAGAUGAAAAAAUAAGUUGGGAGAAAAUAUAUCAAAACAACCCUGCUGAUGGUAAGAGGACCAGAAAGGCGAAGACAUUGAUGAUGCGUCCUUCCUUUCCUCCUAUCCAUCAUGAAAGUAAAAGGCCAGAUGUCAGUACCAUAUCAGAAGCUGUAGUUCUUGUCAAUGAUGCCUGGAAAGUGGGAGAUUUAGUUGAUUGGUGGAAGGAUGGGUGUUAUUGGUCUGGAAAAGUAGCAGAAGUAUUAGGGGAUAAAAAAGUGAAGGUUGAAUUGCCACUUCCUCCGGUUGGUGAAGGAGUUGAAGGAGAGAGAUACGAGGCUUCUUACAAGGACCUGCGCUCAUCCCUGGAUUGGUCUCUAGAAAAUGGUUGGACGGUACCUACACCCAAGGAGAGGGAAAAUGGGGAUCCUUGCAUUCGAGUAAUUAAGCCUGAUAAUCGAGGAGACUGUCCAAGCUUGUUGACCCAAACUGUGGGUGAUGGAGAAAGAGAUAUCCAGGCUGUUGCGCAUCAAUCUUUAACAGCAAAAGAUACAGCCACUGCAGAAACAAAUAUGGCAUCUGACAUAGAAGAUAGCCGAUUUGGGAAAAGUUGCUCAGAUAGUGGUUCAAGUUCUCAUUUUAAGGAUGCAUUUAAUAAUAAGGGGGGAGAUGCAACUAGGAUAGACAUAGAUGAUAAUGAUAGAUCUUUGAAGAGGAUAAAGACUGAUGAUGGCAUCAUACUAAAUUCAAUGACCUCUGAUACAUUAGAAGCUGCAAUUUUGGACUUAGAGGAACUUGUAAACCGGGUCAAAUGGAUGAAGGGGAUGUUGGAGAGUGGAAUGCCUGUCACGGGUGUCAUGCACCCCCGUUGGAAAUUUUCUCAGAAAUAAUGAUCUGUCGUCUCCAAAGUUGGAAGGCAGAAGAAUACAUGACAUGACCACAGUUCAUCGGUUGAAUCUAUCAUCACAUUUUUUUUGUCAUGAAUUCUUGGAUACGGCAGAUGUUGAGCCCAAGAAGGCAAGGGGCAGCAGAACCGACGGAAAUAAAGUGAUGUAAUUUUGUUAUCCAGCUUUGAAAAUCUGGCAUGAAGAAAGCUUCCAUUGCCUGACAAGUGGUCAUGUAUAUGCAUUAAAUCUAUACAGUUUACUCCUGUUGUAUUUGCAUGUAUUUGUAGUGUCAUAUUGCAUUUUUGACGGA